AUGUCUUCUUCGCCCCCCUCUCGAAGGCUCAUCAGCUCAGGCAGUGCCUUUGAGGCGGAGAUUGGCUACUCCCGGGCUGUGGUCGACGGUGACUUCGUGUUUGUGUCGGGAUGCACGGGCUACGACUACAAGACGGGUGCCAUCUCGCCCGACGUGGCGGAGCAGACAGAGCAAUGCAUGAUCAACAUCGCGGCCGCGCUAUCCGAGGCGGACGCCGCCGUGACGGACGUCGUCCGCGUGCGCUACAUCCUGCCGGACCGCGCUGACUUCCCCAAGACGUGGCCGGUGCUGCGGCGCUGGCUCGGCGAGGUCAGGCCCGCGGCCACGAUGAUGGUUGCUGGGCUGAUGAAGGAGGAGAUGAAGGUGGAGAUCGAGGUCACAGCGAGGAAGCGUCGUGCUGCAACCUCAUGA